AAAUUGUGUUUGGAUAAUGAGGAAGAACAACAACAACAAGGGAUUACUGAUGAUAGAAGAUAGAACGCUGGCAGCCGGUUUGAAGCGUUUGGCGUCUUGUAGCUUGUGGCAGUUAGACAACAAGAAAAUGCGAGUUAAGCAACUCCCCGGAAUGAUCAUUCUCGUUCUUUGUAUCGCAAGUUUCAUGAUCGGAUCGCUCAUUGGCGGCGGUAGAACGUGGACGCCAGUUCACUUGUCUCAUGAUCAUCGUAUGCUUAAAGAACUCCCCAUACAUGUCCAUAACAAGAAAUUUAAUCAAGAUACCAAACACAAAUUGGACGUUAUAGGAGAAGUCAAAAAGACUCAUGAAGCUAUACAAACACUUGAUAAGACAAUAUCAAGCUUGGAGAUGGAACUAGCGGUGGCCAGGACAAGUAAAAGCGGUAUCGAUCUUCCAUUGGAGAAGCCUUCUAAUCAUAGUUUGCAAAAAGCUUUCGUUGUGAUUGGAGUUAACACGGCAUUCAGCAGCAAGAAAAGGAGAGAUUCUCUUCGGCGAACAUGGAUGCCUAAUGGAGAGAAGUUAAGGAAACUUGAGAAGGAGAAAGGGAUAGUGAUACGGUUCGUGAUAGGGCAUAGCGCAACUGCGGGGGGAGUGUUGGAUAGAGCCAUCGAUAAAGAGGAAGCCGAGAACCAAGAUUUCUUGAGGCUCGCACACGUUGAAGGCUAUCACGAGUUAUCUAGCAAAACACGCAUCUAUUUCUCUACUGCCUUUUCCAUGUGGGACGCCGAUUUCUACGUCAAAGUGGAUGAUGACAUUCACCUUAACCUAGGCAUGCUGGUGACAACAUUGGCUAAGCACCGGUCUAAGCCGAGGGUGUACAUCGGUUGCAUGAAGUCGGGUCCAGUUCUCUCCCAAAAGGGAGUUAAGUACCACGAGCCCGAGUAUUGGAAGUUUGGGGAAGAAGGGAACAAAUAUUUCCGACAUGCGACGGGUCAAAUCUAUGCCAUUUCCAAAGAUCUUGCAGCCUAUAUCUCCAUCAACUCGCCGAUACUACAUAGGUAUGCAAACGAGGAUGUAUCUUUGGGUGCUUGGUUGAUUGGAUUAGAAGUUGUACAUAUUGAUGAACGAUCCAUGUGUUGUGGAUCUCCACCCGACUGCGAGUGGAAAGCGAAAGCAGGGAGUGUAUGCGUGGCAUCUUUCGAUUGGAUAUGCAGCGGAAUAUGCAAGUCGGUUGAUAGAAUCAAACAGGUGCAUAGUGCCUGUGGGGAAGGCGACGAAGCUGUGUGGAACGUUGAACUCUGA